AUGCUGAACCAAGGCGAUCUGGUCGACAUCAAGGAGCCCGUCUCCCCACACCUAGAGGUCGCUGCCGUGACCCGUCGAGUGUACGAAACGCUCUCGCCAGCACCGCUUUUCCAUCACGUCUCUGGCGCGGAUCCUAAGAGCGGGCUGUUCAAGAUCCUUGGUGCCCCAGUUGGCUUGCGCAAGAGCAAAAAGGAGCGCUAUGGCAGAAUGGCGCUCCAGCUGGGGCUUCCAGUUACCAGUACCGCGCGGGAGAUCGUUGAGAAGCUGAUCGAGACCAGAAACGCGAAGCCACUGCCACCAGUGACGGUCUCCGCGUCAGAAGCAGCUUGCAAGCAGAACAUUCUGCGAGGAGACCAGGUCGAUUUGAGCAAGUGGCCUAUUCCCCCUCUGCAUGCCAACGAUGGGGGGAACUACCUUGCAACAUACGGCUUCCACAUCCUGCAGUCGCCAGAUAAGGCCUGGACGUCGUGGUCGAUCUCCCGCACCAUGCAAGUCGCCGGCGAACCUCGCUCCCUGACGGCUCCCGUCAUGCCUGGACAACACAUUGCGCAAGUUCACAAGAUGUGGGCAGACUCGGGAGCACAUGAUACCCCGUGGGCACUCGUCCUGGGAGGCCCUCCAGCUGCUGCGUUCGUGGGAGGCAUGCCGUUGCCUGCAGGAGUCUCAGAAGACGACUACAUUGGGGCUCUCUGCGGCAGCCCGAUGGAAGUCGUCAAGUGCGAGACCAACGAUCUCCUUGUGCCGGCACAUGCCGAGAUGGUCAUUGAGGGCCGCAUCAGUACCUCGAAGAAGGUGCCAGAGGGUCCCAUGGGUAAAUACCAUGGUUACAUGUUCCACGACCAGCCCGUGCCCGAGCCGUUGUUCCAGGUCGACUGCGUGACAUACCGCGACAACCCAGUGGUGCCCAUCUGUGUCGCUGGCCAGGCUGCGGAUGAGACGCACACUGUCUGGGGCUCAGCUAUUUCGGCGGAGCUGCUAGCAACGCUGCGAGAGGCCGGUUUUCCUGCCGACUUUGUGUGGAUGCCGUUCGAGGCGCAGAGCUGCUGGAUCGUCGUGAGCGUCGACAUCAAGAAACUCGCCCAGAUGAACAUCACAGCGGAGGAGCUAUGCCGCCGCGCGGGUGAUAUCAUCUUCAAGACGCAUGCCGGUUGGGAGGUGCCAAAGGUCUUCCUCGUUGGGGACGAUGUUGAUAUCACGGACGCGCACCAGCUCCUGUGGGCAGUCGCAACGCAGUACCGGCCCGGCGCCGAUGAGUACGUGUUUGGAGAUACAAUCGGUAUCCCUAUGCUACCCUACAUGACGAGGGCGAGCAAGCAGCAGGUUCCGGACCCUGGAAAAGGUGGAAGGAGCGUAGUGAAUCUCUUGCUGUCAUCUGAGUUUGAGGGAAAGAGAUCAUGGGUGCCGAACAACUUCGAGGGCUCGUACCCGGCUGACGUGAAGGACCAAGUGCUGAAGAAGUGGAAAGAGUAUGGAUUCCACGAGGAAUAA